CAAGAGCGUCGAGUGGAGGGCAGACACGCGCCGCGCCUCCUCGGGCCCGUCACCACCUCAACCAUGACAAGGCCGAACAAACAACACUAGCGGAGGGAGACACACGCGAACGAACGACACAUACCUUCGACACAUAUGGCUACCUAAUUAGUGACGCGUAAACAAUCACCUACCGUCGUAAUGUGACUUUUGGAGACGGUAAACUUGAAACACUACGCCAGUGAAACAAAUUCGAAACGGAACCUUAAACUAAGUACACUAUGUAAACACUUAUUUGAUAUGUAAGAAAAAGAGGCAGAAUUGUGAAUAUAGAUUUCGUGGCCUGAAGAAAAGGGAUCAAAGGGGAGUCUGGAGCGGUUAAGUGGCGCGGGAAUAACCUGAAGGAGACGCUCACGAAGACGCUGAAGGAGGGAGGCAUGAGGAGCGGCGGGGUGUGAGGGAGGCGGUGGCGUGAGGGCGGAGGGGCGUCGGGGGAUGAUGUGCUGUGCCGUGGUGCUGAGGGAUGACGCCCCUCCACGCCAGAGAAAGGCCCAUCCGACGGUGCACGCUGUCUCCCCGAGUGGCGUGCCCCUGGUGCUGAGACAGAGGUCCCAGAAUGGACUGGGAGCCAGGACGGGUGUCGGGGACCUCACCACUACUCCAGGAAUCAGCAACUUCGACAAUGGAGGAAACCGAGGAAAUCUCUCCGUCCUGCCGCCCAUCAAGGACUCGGGAAAGAGAACCGAAAAAUUCUCCCUUUCUGAAUUAGAUGAUAUUUCCCUCAAGAAUGAGGUGCUGCGGGCCACGAAGGAGGUGUCUGACCGCGGGCUGCAGGGCUUACUCGUGAACCUGAGGGCGCAGGACAGAGACCGGGACGGCGUCUUGUCCACGGACAUGGUGAAGGGAUCACUUAAAAAAUUCCAGCUCAAGCUCAGCGAGGAAGGGAUGAAGAACCUGUGCAAGAAGUUCGGCGAGGCGGGGAACCACGUGUCUAUGGUGCGCUACGAGGACAUGUUCAACUACCUGGCCAAGUCCCGAAUGGAGGCCCUCAGAGCCCCGCCGCCCACGCCGCGCCCCAGGGCCGAGACUUCGCAGGAGUCUGAGCACCCGCAGCCACAACGCCAACAACCACGAAAAAUUAACUUGAGGAACAGAGUCCUCUUCAGCGACAAGGACGAGGCCAAGCUCAUCACCGACAUGGACCGCCAGCUGUCAGGGAAGCCGGUGAACAUGGCCGACCUUCGCAGGACCAUGUAUGACCUGGAUCGUGACCGCAAUGACUUCCUCACCGGCCAGCAAGUUGAAAUUGCUUUCUCUAAGUGCGGAGUGUACCUAACGCCCGACGUGCGGGCCCGCCUGCUGCUGGCCACGGACCGCACCGGCGCGGGCAUGUACAAAAUUGAUACCCUGAUGAACUACCUGACGAGAGUUAAGCCAGAAACACACCUCACCGUCGACUUUGGAAACGACCACAGGCCGCGGCAGGCAAGGGUGGGUCGACACCCAAUGUAUCAGAACCAGUCGAUGCUUAACGCCCCCUGGGAACUGGCUCAGCAACAGCAGGAGUCCACCAACCGAAGAGAGUUUCCUGCUGACGAGGGUUUCAGCGAGGAUGAGCAGCAGCAGCAGCAAAGGCUCCGGCAGCAGCAACUAGAGCACCACCCCCUCGCCCCGCCCCCUCCCGAGGUGCCAGAAGAGGCCGAGCUCCCCUUUGACGUGCAGAAGUGGAGCAGCGACUACCAGUACUUGGCUCAGGCCGUCUACCAGGCCGACCAGGACCAGUCAGGCUACAUGCCGGCGGAUGAGGUGCAGCACAUCACCGCUACCUACAAUCUGGUCUACAAUCUUCUUAUAUCCGAACAAACGCUGAACGCUGCCCUCAACGCUACCAUGGACAUCAACUACGGGGAGAUCAAUCUUGAGUACUUCAUCGCUAUGCUCCAGGAUUUGCACUUCCGGGAGAGCGGCGCCUACUGAGACACUGCCAACACGCCAUGCACUGAGGGGUUUAUCUCGUCGCCAAAAUAGUCCCCCCUUGAAAAUAAAUACGGUACAAGCCAAGCCCCAUGUAGCUAUGAGAAUAGGACGUUAUCCACAUCCUUCUCGACACCGAACUCUCUUUACGACCUCAAUAGCCUCCUCCUCGACCUCCACAGCCAUUACCACAACCUCCUCAACCCUCAACCAUUACCACCUCCUUCUCAACCCUCAACCAUUACCACCUCCUCCUCCACCCUCAACCAUUACCAUCACCUCCUCUUCCUCAACCUCAAAAACUUCCUCCUCUACUUUCACAAUCUUCUCGACCUUAAACAUCACCAUCUAUUUCUCAACCCUCAAAACUUAAUCGACUUUCACAACCUCCUCCUCGACCUCCUCAGUCUCCUCGACCUCCAGAACCUUCUCCUCAGUCUCUGCAAUCUCAUACUUGGAACUUCAAAACCUCCUCCUCAACCCCCAUAAUUUGCUUCUUGACCUUUUGAACCCACUCCUUGCCUCCUUAACCUCCUCCUGGAAUUCUAAAGCCAUUUUUUCGACCUCUACAACCUCCUCCUUGACCUGCAUAGCCUUUUUUUAACCAUUAACCUUCUCAACCUUUACAACUCCUCCAACGCCCACCACCUCAUCAUCAACGUCCACAAUCUGCUCCUUGACCUCCCUCAACUCCCUCCUUAACGCACCUGACAUAGUCUUCGACCUCCACAACCUCCUGAAUUUUAGUGAGACGCACAGAAAAUCCUGUACUCCUGAAACAAAUAUGGCGGCAAGACAAGCACAAAAAGUCUGCCGUGGUGUCAAAGCUGGGCUGAGAGGGUUGGCCUAACUGUAGCGUGGGGGAAAAUUGCUCCAGACAUUGUAAUCACAUGUGACUGCAGUCGUGUGUAUAAAAAAGAGCAUACUGCAGGAAAGAGGUGUCAGACUGCGGACCCAUCAAGUUACUUUCUCCCGACAACUGGAGAGCCACUCCUAGAGUCUGACUACGUGAAGGGGGCGGUUGAUACAUGACAAUGAGCAUGGUAUUGUUCAAGAUAUUUUAGAUUGACAAGUUACGGCAGUGUAAAAAAGAGCUGAGAGGCCUAUCUAUUUUACAAACACGCUUGAUUCAAACCAUUGCAUAGAAACUUUUCCCAGCAUUUUAUUCACAAAAUAUGUUAUCAGUACAUACAGAAAGUUUAAUUCAAAAUCUGAGACUUAUAAGGUAACACAUCCUAUUUGGCUAAGACAGUAUCAAUGGCCACCUUGUUCAUGCCGAGACACCGCCCCCUGGACACUGUCCCGAGGAGGAGGCUCAGUGUCAGCGACUUGCAGUUUGUGGUGGCUCAGAGCUGUGCAGGAGGUGGAACUAACGUGUGUGCCAUGGUGAGUGACUACAUGCUGUAUGAUUAAACCUGGCCAAAAUAUGUUCACAGCAGAUUCUUUGUCUGUCUCGUGAGUGCAUACCAACACGCACACACACAUGCACACACAAACACAUACACGCAGACACACUUUGAAAUACUGGAUAUUACAAGCUUGUGUCAAUCCUGUAAAAAUACAAAUAGGUAAGAACACACACACACACACACACACACACACACACACACACAUACAUGCACACCCACACAC